AUGGUAUUGUCUAAAUACGAACGAUCGUCUGAUGAAAACACUUUAGGAACAGAGAAAAGCAGCUUCAAUGUAUCAAAUGAGAAGGAUAAGUCUCUGCCGGGGAACACUGCAUUCAACUGUGUAGGGAUGGAGUGUCACCUGAAGGCUGUGAGUGGAUUGAUGGAGUUACAAUCUGAAAAUGAAGUUCGUAUAGUUGGCAUCUGGGGAGUAGGAGGGGUUGGCAAAUUGACCCUUGCAAGAUGUGUGUACAAGGAGACCAUGCAAUAUUUCCAUAUCCAUGUUUUCCUGGAGAAUAUUGGAAAGAUUUAUAAAGACCGUGGUCCAUCAGGUUUACAUGAAGAGCUGCUGUGGAAUAAUAUCCAAAGAGAGGCUUUAGGAGUAAGGAGUUCCAAAAAUGGCUUUGAUGUUACCAAAGCAAGGUUUCGAAACCGUAAAGUGCUGCUCAUUGUUGAUGGUGUGGAUAAGAAUGAACAGAUAGAGGAUGUUCAGAAAGUCGCCACUUGGUUUGGUUCAGGGAGUAGAGUUAUGGUGACGACCAGAGACGAGAAAUUUCUUGUAGCAAAUGGCCUAACACAUUUAUAUGAAGUCAAGUGUCUGAGAGUCCAUGAAGCUCUUCAACUCUUCUAUCAGUUUGCUUUCAACGAGCCAGCCCCUUCUACUAGUUUCAAACGGCUCUCGGUUCGUGCUGUCCAACUUGCUGGCCGAAUUCCUUUAUCUCUUAAAGUACUCGGCUCAUUUCUAUGUGGGAAAAGUGGACACGAGUGGGAACGAGUCUUGCAGAAACUUGAAAGUCAACGAGUUAAGGACAAAGCGGAAGUAGCAGAAGCAUCUACGGAUCUUCGAAGGUAA